AUGGCCGCACCUCUGGAGAUCGGCGGUAUUGAGAUACCGUGGACGAAUACCUUCCCACCUGAAGAUGAGACUUUUAUGGCGCCUUAUGUGAAGCAAAAAAGACAAACUCAAACCUUGCAAAAAGGAUGGCAAAAAACAAAAGAGCACCGCCCGCUUCCAUGCGAUAUCAUUUUUGACGAAAACGUUGAGAUAUUUCUCCGAGAUGGCAUCAAAAUCUAUUGCGAUAUCAUAAGACCUGUCACCAAAGAGGAAGUACCCGCUUUGUUGGCUGUUAGCCCCUAUGGCAAAGGAGGCCAUGGUUUCUUGAUCUUCGAAAGCUCCCCCUUCAGGAUCGGUGUACCUAUAAGCACGACCUCGGGUUUGGAGAAGUUUGAAUCUCUUGACCCUGCCGAGUGGGCCAGUAGGGGAUAUGCGAUGGUAAAUGUCGAUAUUCGAGGUUCAUGGGAAUCAGAGGGAAAUGUGUAUAUUGAGGGUUCUCAACCAGGUGUCGACGUAUCCGAUAUGGUCGAGCACAUCGCUAAGCUUGACUGGUGCAACGGAUCUUUGGGAAUGCAGGGUAACUCAUGGCUCGCCGCCAGUCAAUGGUCAGCUGCCGUUCAAUGUCCUCCUUCACUCAAAGCAAUUGCUCCCUGGGAAGGCUUCACGGAUAAGUAUAGAGAUGUUGUCUGCCGAGGUGGCAUUCCCAAAACAGAUUUCGCCAACUUCGUGUUUGACAAGACAAUCAGGGGACGCCAGAAGAGAGAAGAUAUUGGUGAAGCACUGAGACGACAUCCUCUCAUGAAUGCAUAUUGGGAAGACAAGAGAUUGGACGUGUCCAAGAUCAACAUCCCUGUCUACGCCGUCGCGAGUUAUUCUUCCGGCAUUCAUGGCUUUGGGACCGUGAGAGGCUUCAACGAAGCUGGUACCUCAAGCAAGUGGCUGCGAUUCCACGCGACUCAAGAGUGGUAUGACCUCUACCUCAGAAAAAAUAACGACGACCUACAAAAGUUCUUCGAUCGGUACUUGAAAGGCAUUCAGAACGGAUGGGAGGAAACCACUCCGGUUCGAGUUUCUGUCUUGACAUAUGGAAAUAGAUUCGAAAAACAACCCAUAGAGAAUAUCCCAUUCGAUCAAUACCCGCCGAAAGAAACUCAGUAUAGAACUGUUUAUCUCUCGCCAUCGGCCACAAUGGAAGAUUCUCCUGCGCGUGAAGUAUCUACCGCGUCCUAUCAGUCUGACGAGUUGAGUGCAAAGGCGGCAGAGUUUAUAUAUACCUUCAAGGAGAAUACCACUCUCAUCGGGUAUGCCAAAGCUAAGCUUUGGUUAUCAUGUAACGAUACAGAUGAUAUGGACGUCCAUCUAUCACUUCGCAAGGUAGAUAAAGAUGGCAAGGUCCGAGAACACAACAACGUCCCCUGGGUGUCGCUGCCCGCCGGUGUUGACAAUCAGGAAGACAUUCCACAGACAAAUGUAGUUAAGCACCUCGGCCCAACAGGAGUUCUGCGCAUCUCGCAUCGGGCUCAGGAUCCGACUUUGUCAACUCCUGUCAUCCCCUUCCAUCCCCACGACAAAGAAGAAAAGGUGCCACCCGGCACAAUCGUAUCAGCGGAAAUUGGGUUCUGGCCCAUGGGCAUCACGUUUGAAAAGGGAGAAGGGCUUAUGCUGAGAAUCCAAGGUUUCUUAGACCAAUGCAAUGAAUUUGCAGAGCAUAUCCACGGGAAACCCAAGAAUCUGAAUAGAGGAGAGCACAUUGUCCAUAUCGGAGGAGACCAUGAAUCCAGCCUUAUUCUUCCGGUCGUCCCAAUCUGA